AUGUCGAGUCAAGGUGGUGGUUCAACACAUGACUUGAUCGUCGAGUCAUGGAUCAUGUACGGCGUGGGCAUAUUAUUCUUCAUUUUGCGACUUUAUGCUCGGUACAAGCGUAUGAAGUUCCACUUUCAGGUUGAGGAUUAUAUGAUGUUUUUGGCCAUUAUCUUCUACACUGCGUUUGUAGUCACGAAUAUCGAGAUCACCAAUUACGGGAGCACCUUGUACGAACCAGGUCAAUUCGAGACUUUCACUGCCUAUGACAUCCAACAACGGGUCUUGGGCUCGAAAAUUGAAUUUGCGUCGGAAAAUUGUCAAGUGUGUACCGUCUAUUGUCUGAAGGCCUGCAUGCUGUUGGUAUAUUUUCGAAUUACAUCUAACCUCAAGCAACAUCAAUGGGUCAAGUUAUGCGCUGUAUAUACCGCCCUUGGAUGGCUGGCCACCGAGUUGACCUUGUUUUUGAACUGCCACCCUGUAUCCGGAUACUGGACCUUGCCGCCGCCUCAGCGCCAAUGCGCUACUUACCUCAACUUCGAGAUUGUACAGGCAGUCUUCAACAUCAGCUCGGAUGUCACGAUUCUCUUGGUGGUUCUACCCCUUCUGUUCCGAGCACGUAUGCCAUGGCGGACUAAGCUUCCAAUCGUGGUGGUUUUUUCAAUGGGCAUUGUGGUAAUUCUCUGCGCUAUUAUUUCCAAAAUUUUCACCUUCCGCAGCAUUUUCAACACGAGCUACCAAUUCUGGUACCUGCGUGAAGCUUCCAUCGGCGUCUGGGUAACCAAUGCCCCCUCCGUGUGGUCCUUGGCCCGCUCGACCAUCACCUUCCUAAAGUCAACCUCCAGCCCCACAAAAUCCACGCCCGGGUAUAAUUCAAGUGCGCCUGGAAUAUCUGCCAGUCGGGCCCGGACCGGUACCGAAACUCCAUCAUCUCAUGCACUCAGUAGAAUGUAUGACAUGGAACAUCACAGCGGAAGCGAAGAGGCUAUAAUUGAGAUGGAUGAAAGGAAUAAGGCUCUAUAUACAUCAGCCGAGUCAAUUGACGACAGUGCACCGUCAGCCUCAGAUUGGAGCGGACCAACACAUGAAAACGGCUCUGCCGGGGAGCAGGAAGGCCAUAUCUGGAAGACGACCGAGAUUACUAUCCAGAAGAGCUAG